UUUUUUUUUUUUUCCUUCUCUUUCCCUCGACAGCUAAUCCUCCUCGGCUCGCUCGGCUCGCCGUCACCAGGGGACCGGCGUCAAGUCUUCGGGAAGAUCGUCAGGACUUAUUGAAAAGGGGAACGUAACGCUUUGUCUGUGCGUGCGAAACCCGAUUACUAGCGAUCUCCUGCAAGAUGUCUUCUUCCAAGAUGGAAAAAAAUCUCCUCUUAUUUUUUAUGUUCAUCUUCAUCGCAGCAACUGCAGCGUCAAAUAUCCAGGUGGAGGAGGUGGAGGAGGAGGAGGGUAACCCCUUCGAAGGAGACGCCAUGUUUGUUGGUGUGACGAGGAACAAGAUUAUGACUGCGCAGUAUGAAUGUUAUCAGAAAAUCCUACACGACUCGCCCCAAGGAAUAGAAGGUCGGUAUUGUAACAGGACGUGGGACGGCUGGUUAUGUUGGGGCGAUACGUCUAUGGGAGAGAUUUCCGAGCAGCGCUGUCCCGAUUACUUCCAGGACUUUGACCCCACUGAGAAAGUCACCAAGGAAUGCGAUGACAAGGGCUUCUGGUUCCGGCACCCCGAGAGUAACAGGACGUGGAGCAACUACACCCGAUGUAACAAACACACCCAUGUCAAAGUCAAGACGGCUCUUAAUUUGUAUUAUCUGACUAUCAUUGGACAAGGAUUAUCGAUCGCCUCGUUAUUAAUAUCACUGGUAAUCUUUUAUUAUUUCAAAAAUUUAAGCUGCCAGAGAAUCACCCUCCACAAAAAUCUUUUCAUGUCCUUCGUGUGCAAUUCCAUUGUCACCAUCAUUUCGCUGACGGCUGUGGCCAACAACCAGGCUUUGGUUGCCACCAACCCGGUGAGCUGCAAAAUCUCCCAGUUCAUCCACUUCUAUCUGAUGGGGUGUAAUUACUUCUGGAUGCUGUGUGAGGGGAUCUACCUCCAUACGCUCAUCGUGGUGGCCGUCUUCGCUGAGAAGCAGCAUCUGAUCUGGUAUUACUUACUAGGAUGGGGGUUCCCUCUGAUUCCAGCAUGCAUACACGCCGUGGCGAGAAGUAUUUAUUAUAACGACAACUGCUGGAUAAGUUCUGACACUCAUUUGCUUUAUAUUAUUCAUGGACCCAUUUGUGCGGCUUUAUUGGUGAACCUGUUCUUUCUGCUGAACAUCGUGCGUGUCUUAAUCACGAAACUGAAAGUGACGCAUCAGGCAGAAUCCAACCUGUACAUGAAAGCCGUGCGGGCCACUCUCAUCCUCGUGCCUCUUCUUGGAAUCCAGUUUGUAUUGUUGCCAUGGAGACCGGAAGGACACAUAGCGGAGGAAAUCUAUGACUAUGUCAUGCAUAUUCUCAUGAAUUACCAGGGGUUGCUGGUGGCUACGAUAUUUUGUUUCUUCAAUGGAGAGGUUCAAGGCGUUCUAAAAAGACAUUGGAACCAGUACAGGAUCCAGUUUGGAAAUGGCUUUGCCCAUUCUGAGGGUCUCCGAUCGGCGUCCUACACCAUAUCGUCCAUCAGCGAGGCGCAGGGCACCACGUUUACUCACGACUAUAACAGCGAGCACUCGAACGGGAAAAACUGCCAUGACAUGGAGAACGUGUCCUUCAAACAGGAUAAAUCCUACCUGUGAAUCCCGAGUACCGGCUCCGAGAUUGCGUGUCCGUGUGUCAAGGAGUAACCACUGCAAGGCCUACUACUCAUCUUAUGUUUGUUUUCAGUAUUUCAUAUUUAUAGUAAGUUUGUAAAUUGUAUUAAGUUUA